AAUCCAUAUAUUAGCGCCGCCCCUUGCCUAUAUAUAAAUCUUCAAUCUCUUCAGCUAUUCAAUUCACAACAAGAACAAAAACAUUAAACACAUCAUACCAAACAAUGAAGAUCACAUUAUUUCUUGCAUUGGUCCUUCUCUUUGUUGCCUUGAGCACAAAGCCGCUGCUAGGAACAAAAUAUACUUUACCUAAUAGAGCGAUUCGCGACACAUCGGGGAAGAAUGUCAUAUCCGGUGCUCAAUACUACAUCGUUCCGGGUUCUCCCGUCGUUGGCGGUGUUGGCCUUGCCAGAAGAGGUAAAGAACACUGCCCUCUUGAUGUUGUUGUAGUUGUGAAUGGCAACCGAGGCCUGCCUGUGGUGUUCACACCUGUGAACACUAUUAAAAGUGUUAUUCGCGCCGACACCGAUCUCAACAUCAAUUUUUAUACUGAAACAAGCUGUCCCGAAUCCAAUGUGUGGAAGCUUGGUGAUUUUAAUUCUACAACAGGACAAUGGUGUGUGACUACUGGUGGUUAUCUCGGUGACCCGUGGAAUUAUGACAACAUUUACAAUUGGUUCAAGAUUCACACAUACGAGGACAAGGAGGAUGUUUAUGCACUGAGUUACUGUCCAAGUGUGUGCAAUAAAAAAGGUUGUGAACAUGAAUGCAGCAGCAUAGGAAUUUAUGAGGAUCAUUAUGGCAAGCGUCUAGGUCUGAAUGAUUUCAGAUAUCCAGUUCGGUUCCAGCGAGCAGCUGCCUAAACUUCUACUUAUACAUAAAUCCUAGUAAUGAAUAAGUGUAAUGUAAUGCAUUAAGUGUGUUGUAGAGCUUUUAUAUGUGUGUAUGGUUGAUCAUUACACAACCAAAAUAGCAAAGUACAAUCUUCCUUAAAAUUUGUAAGAAUUA